UCUAGUUGUCAUGGAUGAUGAUGAUGACUCGUGUCUCCUUGAUCUUAUUGGAGACCCACAAGCAUUGAACUAUUUUCUGCAUGGACCUAGUAAUAAAUCUAACAAUGAUGACCUGACUAAUGCAGGAUAUUCUGCAGCCAAUUCAAAUUCAAUUUUCGCCAACUCUAGUAAUGCUGAUCCUAAGUCAUCCCUCAAAGGUGUGAGCAACCAGCUUGGAGAAGGGCCCAGUGAUGGACUGCCACUUUCAAGUAGCCUUCAGUUUCUUGAAGAUGAACUUGAAUCUUCUCCUCUUCCUGAUCUCAGUGAGGACCAACCUUUCGACAUUCUUCAGAAAUCCUUGCAGGAGGCCAAUAUCACUGAACAGACAUUGGCAGAAGAGGCAUAUCUGGAUGCCAGCAUAGGUUCAAGCCAACAGUUUGCACAAGCUCAGCUUCAUCCUUCUUCAUCAGCAUCCUUUACUCAGGCUUCUAAUGUUUCUAAUUACUCAGGUCAGACGCUACAGCCUAUAGGGGUGACGCACGUGCCUGUUGGAGCAUCAUUUGCAAGCAAUACAGUGGGUGUGCAACAUGGCUUUAUGCAACACGUGGGGAUCAGCGUUCCCAGCCAGCAUUUGUCUAAUAGCAGUCAGAUUAGUGGUUCCGGUCAAAUACAGUUAAUUGGGUCAUUUGGUAAUCACCCUUCCAUGAUGACUAUUAAUAACCUAGAUGGAUCCCAAAUCAUACUGAAGGGCAGUGGACAGCAAGCUCCAUCAAAUGUGAGUGGAGGGCUUCUGGUUCAUAGACAGACUCCUAAUGGCAACUCCUUGUUUGGGAACUCCAGUUCUAGUCCAGUAGCGCAGCCUGUUACUGUUCCAUUUAACAGCACAAAUUUUCAGACGUCUUUACCUGUGCAUAACAUCAUCAUACAAAGGGGUCUUGCGCCAAACUCAAACAAAGUCCCAAUUAAUAUACAGCCAAAGCCUAUCCAGAUGGGUCAGCAAAAUACAUACAAUGUGAACAGUUUGGGAAUUCAGCAACACCACGUCCAACAAGGCAUCUCUUUUGCUUCUGCAAGCUCACCCCAGGGCUCAGUAGUUGGUCCACACAUGUCUGUGAACAUUGUAAACCAACAGAACACAAGAAAGCCAGUCACCUCACAAGCAGUGAGCAGCACUGGGGGCAGUAUUGUUAUUCAUUCCCCCAUGGGCCAGCCUCAUGCACCCCAAAGUCAGUUCCUCAUACCUACAAGCCUUUCCGUCAGUUCCAACUCGGUACACCAUGUGCAGACCAUAAAUGGGCAACUUCUUCAGACUCAAUCCUCUCAGCUCAUUUCUGGCCAAGUGGCCUCAGAGCAUGUCAUGUUGAACAGGAAUUCUUCCAACAUGCUCAGGACCAACCAACCAUAUUCUGGACAGAUGCUCAACAACCAGAAUACGGCCGUCCAGUUAGUGUCUGGGCAGACGUUUGCUGCCUCUGGAAGUCCAGUGAUAGUCAAUCAUGCCUCUCCUCAGAUUGUCGGUGGACAGAUGCCCUUGCAGCAGGCAUCACCGACUGUAUUGCACCUGUCACCCGGGCAGAGCAGCGUUUCCCAAGGAAGACCUGGCUUCGCCACCAUGCCCUCGGUGACAGGCAUGUCAGGACCUAGUCGGUUCCCCGCUGUCAGUUCAGCCAGCACUGCCCACCCUAGCCUUGGGUCUGCAGUUCAGUCUGGUGCAUCAGGAUCAAACUUCACGGGAGAUCAGCUGACCCAGCCAAACAGGACUCCAGUCCCGGUCAGUGUGUCUCAUCGUCUUCCAGUUUCUUCUUCCAAAUCUACCAGCACCUUCAGCAACACGCCUGGAGCAGGAACCCAGCAACAAUUCUACUGUCAGGUAAUGCCCCUUUUCAAAGGGAAGCACGUGGAUAGUCAUUCGGGAGGACAAAAAAGGCCUGCUGCAAAACAACUAACUAAAGGAGCUUUCAUUCUCCAGCAGUUACAGAGGGACCAAGCCCACACUGUGACACCCGACAAAAGUCAGUUCCAAUCACUAAGCGAUGCGGUGCAGAGACUGCUCUCCUACCACGUGUGCCAGGGCUCCAUGCCCACUGAAGAAGACUUGAGGAAAGUGGACAAUGAAUUUGAAACAGUUGCCACUCAGCUCCUAAAAAGGACGCAAGCUAUGCUUAACAAAUACAGAUGCCUUCUCCUAGAAGAUGCCAUGCGGAUCAAUCCCUCUGCUGAGAUGGUUAUGAUCGAUAGAAUGUUCAACCAGGAGGAAAGAGCUUCCCUGUCCCGAGACAAGCGCCUGGCACUUGUAGACCCUGAGGGAUUUCAGGCUGAUUUCUGUUGUUCCUUCAAACUUGAUAAAGCUGCUCAUGAGAGCUUUGGCAGAAAUGACCAGCAUGGCAGUAAAACAACCAGCUCUCUACAUCUGACAGCCAAGGCCCAAAGCAGGGACCGAGCCAAACCAGGCGUGACAGAACCAACAAAUCAUGACCAAUUUCAUCUAGUGCCUAAUCACAUCGUGGUCUCCGCAGAAGGAAACAUUUCUAAAAAAACGGAAUGCCUUGGCAGAGCACUGAAAUUUGACAAAGUGGGCUUAGUUCAAUACCGGAGCACAUCUGAAGAGAAAGCCAGCCAGAGAGACCCCACGAAGGCCAGUGAGCGCUCUCCCGGCCCUGAAGGGCACCGGAAAACCUCGUCCAGACCGGAUCAUGGUACCGAGGGCAAACUCUCAAGUAUCCUAGUAGAUUCACACUUGGAGAUGAGGUGUAACAAUUCCUUCCAGGACAAAACUCUGAGGAAUUCUCCAAAGAAUGAAGUUUUACACACAGACAUCAUGAAAGGGUCCGGCGAGCCCCAGCCAGAUCUCCAGCUCACAAAGAGUUUAGAAACCACAUUUAAGAACAUCUUGGAACUCAAAAAGGCUGGGCGGCAGCCCCAGAGUGACCCCACGGUUAGCGGCUCUGUUGAGUUAGAUUUCCCCAACUUUUCUCCAAUGGCUUCGCAGGAAAACUGCCUGGAAAAGUUCAUCCCUGACCACAGUGAAGGCGUUGUAGAAACUGACUCCAUUUUAGAAGCAGCUGUAAAUAGUAUCCUAGAGUGUUAAUAGCAGCAGUCCUCCCCACCCCUGCCCUGAGAACCCGCCCCAGACAAGUUACAUUCUUUCCUGGCAAAAGCAAGUGGAAACGGUCUCCUGUCUCCAGCCUGCUUGAUCUUUCAUCACAGGUUAUUCUUUCUAAUCUCAACCCUGUUCUCUGUUUAAGAGCAAUACUUGUCGUGGUUACACGGAGAUCCUUAGGUAAAAUUAAUCCUGUUAGAAAGCAGUCUGAUAGGCCCCACACAUUUCAAGUGUUAUGAAAGUGCUUAUAGUCAUUUUUUGUUUAUUUGUUUUAUUUAAAAAAAAAAAACACUGUAACUCAAUGAGACCACAGUAUACUUGGCCCUGGGUAAAAUUUUGACAAUCAUAAGUCAUUCGAAAAGAACAGACUUAUUAAAGAAAAUCAAACAGGACUGAUAGAAGCUAUUUUUAAAGAAUACCCCACUGCAUCUCCAAAUUUGGUUUUAUGGGUUUCUUUGUUAUUUUGGAUUUUUUGUUUGUUUGUUUGUUUGUUUUGUUGGUGGAAGAACACAUGGUUCUUCCCCCCUCAGCCAUCUCUGAGCAGUAAGUUGCUGGCUGCUCUGCCAGGGACCCCACAGCCCUGGUAUAAAAGCCAGCAGCACAUGAGUAGGGCAUUCGCAGGGCUUCCCUGUUGAUGAUUCAAGUGCUUUUCUGAUGCUCCAGGAGCAAAACCUCAUGCUUUUCAGCAUAUCAGUGUUGAAUUUCAUCUAGGGAAUGUUCUGUUCUUAGUUGCAACAGCAUGACUUGAAAUAAUUUCACCAGGCUAAAUAAAGGCAAAUGGAAACUAGUUAAGAGGCACAGUGUACAGGGGAGGCCGGGACACAGCCAUGAGGAGUAUAAUAUGUAUAUAUGUAAAAGCAUAUAUAUGUUAAUUAUUGAGAAAAAACAAGAGUUUUGCAUUUUAUAAUUGGAUAUAGUCAACAUAUGAUGUAUGUUUUUGUUUGUUGCUGGGUUUUGUUUUGUUUAACCUCUCUUUGCACCGUCUCCUACAACAAAUAGCCAAGCGUCAAAAAAAGCACUUUCAUUUGAAAACUAUACUGUAAAUUUUUCAGUUUAAACUUAAAGGGGACUUUGGCCUUGUUUAUGCUUCUUGUCUGAGAACAGUAGUCACCCCGGCAGCAGUCAUUACCAAAAUACAGACAAACCAAAGGUAACCAGCCAGCCCACCACUGAAAGAAAAGAUCUGAGACACGGGAUUCCCAUUUGAGAGCCAAAGGUUAUGCCCUGUUACAGUUUGUUUGGCCCGUGUUCAUAUUAGUGAACAUGACUUAUUGCUUUAUUUAUUUAUAUGUUCAGGGAGUGUUCCCCGUUUUCCUUUCUUGUAUACCUGCCCCAGUUCAUCACAUUUCUGUUGUUACUUUCAUUCUCAAUGUCACUGUAACCAUCACUUAUCUCCUAUCAUGGGGAAAGCUACAUGAUAGUAUUGUAUACCCAUUCUUCUCCCACGCACACGUAUGCAUGAAUCUGAGCUACUUGGAUCCAGAGGUCAUUUUGGUUACAGUGUGUGUGUGCAUACUCACUCUUCCUCUUGUGUGCCCCCUCUCUCAUUUAUUCUGUUUAUCUCCCUGGCUUUAGAAGUGCACCCACUGGUCUCCACUUUAGUGUUGCCAGGAUCUGCUACUGGCUGCCCCCAGCAUGGGGAUGACCUCCAUUGUCAUCAUGUUGGGCAUUUCUUUUCCAUAUUGGCCUGUGAUGGAAAGGAAGGUUUCUGAUCACUGGAAAAUAGGAACAGAAGACCUAUACCCCCCCACCCCGCCCCUCUGUGCCACCACACAAAAACCCUGCAAGACAGUCUUUCUUCAUAAUAGCAAUGUACCUUCACCCCAACCCCAUACCCUGGCCAAUGGAAAUUGGAAAAUCUGGGCCAUUUUAGGGUUACCAUUUUUUCCUUAUUUGUGCCAAUGUCCAAGUUGCAAAUUUCCCAUUCUUCCUGUAUUGUAACAUAUUAGAAAGAUAAGUUGGUAUUGCCAGUUGGAACUUUCUGUUUGGGCAGCCCUGGGGUAACACCCUGCCCUAAACUCCAUGAUUUCAUAGGCUCUUCUUCUCUUAGGGCUCAUGCUCCCCUAAUUCCUAGCAAGACUUAACAAUAAUCCCUCCUGAUCAAAUUCUUCUCAUUGUGGAAUGUUAUACCUGGAAGCCUUUAUGUGGGCUGCUAAUGAGUUACAUUAAUUACUUCAAAUCAGUGGAAUUCUCAAGAGACAAGAUAAGCUUCAUGUACAUUUAUCACCUCUCUUCCCUGCUACCCCAAUCCUAACUUUCCUACAUACCAUCUUAAAGAGUUUUUAAGCCCUAACACUUGUCUAGCAAAUGGAGAGCCUAAGUUACCAAAAUGAAACUUGUAAAUUUUUGUGUCCUUGUAUGUAAGUUUACUUUUUAUGGAGGAAGGAUUCUAGAUAAUGACAAAGAUUACGAAGUGUAUUUUACUCCUGUGAUUAGGUUACACGCACAUGGGUCAUAACUCGCAUGUCGAGCCCCCUCUGGUGAAGGGUAAGAGAGAUCAGCUUCAGAUGGCCAACAUUCAGUUGUUCAGGUUCAUUAGUCAAAGUUAAGUUUAACUUACUCGUAUUCAGUAACAAAAAUCAUUUUCUUUUUUUUUUCUGUUGUUGUGGAAAAGUGUGAAUUUGUUAUUAAGCAUUUGAUUUUCUGUGUCCUUAUGUACUGCCUAAAGAUAAAGCAAAUUUUAAACUGGCAAUUACGAAAAAAAAUAUUUUAGCUCUGAAGAAUUUAGUAGACUCUGUUAGAUUAGGGAGGCCUUACAGACUGACUUGACUUAAAGAGGACGCGUCACUCGCUGUCAGUGUGGUGUGGGCUUUAUUUGCUUAAAUACCUUCAUUUGUAUAGUAUGUCUCACUUGAAAUUGCUUUGUAUACAUUUUGUAAAAAUAUUUAUAAAAUGUUUUGUAAAAAAAAAGUAUAACAAAUUGCAGUUUAUUUUGUUAUGUUGGAUAAAUACUGUUAAAAGAAACCAGUCAGUAACUAUAUUGUUAAUCCAUGGUUAGGAAAUGUUUAGUUGGAGAUUACAAAUUGAAACAACCAUUGCAAUACAGCCAAAGAUUUGGGAAAAUG